AAAAGAAAAGUAUAGUUCGAAACCCAGAUUUUCUAGUCCUAAAUUCUAAAUUCUCUGUCCAUGAGUGAGAGAGAGAGAAGUUAGACUUGGUGGCUGUCAAAAACUCUCGGCGAAGGAUCCAAUGCGCAUAAACCUCUAAAUCUCUCUAUUCAUGAGCACAGUUAAAAACCGCUUCCACUUCUCUCUCUCUCUCUCUGUCUCCCUCUCUCACCAAAAGUAUAGCCAAAGAAGCUCAACAGAAACAGAAAAAGAUAGUGUUUUGAUCAUUAUAUUCCAUUCCUUAUGUAUGUAGGAUCUCUAUAACAAGUACCCUUCUCUUCAAACCCUCUCUCUCUCACACACACACACACACACACACUUGUUCUUUGUAGUUCUAUAUAGUGUAUAUCUCACAUGUUCUCGGAAUUCAAAGAAAUACCAUUGCUAAGUAUGCCAAAUUCAGAGACCUUUCUCAUCAAAGACGAUAAAGAAAGUGUCAAAUUCAGCAUUUUCGAGGAACCCACGUUGAGCAAUGAAGAUAAGUGUUAUCCAGCCAUGGCCUCAAACGUGCCCGAGCUUCAUGAAGAAAAAGAAGAAUUCGAGAUAGAAAAGAAAGAAGAAAAGCGCGAGGCUACGGUUCCUUCUGAUGUAUGUGAAAGUGUGAGGCCAUCUCUAGGUGAAUUCAAGGUCGAAGAGGACGAUGAUGGUUUCAAAACUCCAACAUCUUUGGAUCACAAGGUCCCAGUGAUCAAACAGUGCCCACCUGCUCCAAGAAAACCCAAGCCAUCAAUGAAAAGAAAAGUGUCACAAAAUGUACGUACAAGUCUUCAACUUGAUCUAUCAAAAGAAGUCGAAUCACUCUUUCCUCCCUCUCUUCUCUCAGAUUUUCAUUGCAAGAUCAAGAAAGCUCGGCCUCUAAGAGACGAGGAAGAGAGACUUAAGUUAUAAUUAUUUGGUAAGAGAUCAACUUUGCACAAUGAGGCUCUACCCCAUGAAUGAUAAUCCUGCAAUUGAGAUUGAUUUUGGUUCUAUAUUCACUCUUUUUUCCUCUUUGUAAUUUCUUCUUCUUCUUUUUUUUAUUCUUUCUGGGGUUUAGAUCUUGAUUUGGUGGGAUUGGUCUAUGACCCAGAUGAAGGUGUAAAGUUAAAGUUAGUUUGCGAAAGAUGAUCAAAGAUGAAGUACAGACCAAGAAAAAAGAGUUGUGAUGUAGAAUUCCUACUUUACUGCACCCUUGGGUUCUUUUGUACUCAAGGUGUUAUGCUGUUCUUAAAAGAGAGAACUUAUUCUUUGAGAUUGAAUAAAAAUUAUGCUUCUAUCUUUUAUGCA